CCCCACAAUCGCAAGACUGCUGUUUCUCUCGCUUCCUCUCUCUCUCAAAGCUCUCGAUCGCUUGUGAAAGUUUGUAAAUUAGUGAUCGACUCUCGAUUGAGGAGUUAAUUCCGAGUAAUUGAAUAUGUUUGGGAGAGGCGCGCCGAAAAAGAGCGACAAUUCGAGGUAUUAUGAGGUUCUCGGGGUGCCUAAGACGGUGUCGCCGGAGGAUUUGAAGAAGGCGUAUAAGAAAGCUGCGAUUAAGAACCAUCCUGAUAAGGGCGGUGAUCCUGAGAAGUUCAAGGAGCUUGCUCAUGCUUAUGAGGUGUUAAGUGAUCCCGAGAAACGUGAAAUCUAUGACCAGUACGGUGAGGAUGCACUCAAAGAAGGAAUGGGUGGAGGAGGCGGCAUGCACGAUCCAUUUGAUAUAUUCUCCUCAUUCUUUGGCGGGAGCCCAUUUGGAGGUGGUGGUAGCAGUAGAGGAAGAAGGCAAAGAAGGGGAGAAGAUGUAGUGCAUCCAUUGAAGGUGUCUCUUGAGGAGCUCUAUCUCGGGACAACGAAGAAGCUCUCUCUGUCACGCAAUGUUAUUUGUUCCAAGUGUAGUGGUAAGGGAUCGAAAUCAGGAGCUUCCAUGAAAUGCUCAGGCUGUCAAGGAAGUGGUAUGAAGGUCUCCAUCAGGCAACUUGGCCCUGGCAUGAUUCAGCAGAUGCAGCACCCGUGCAACGACUGCAAAGGUACGGGAGAAACCAUCAGUGAUAAAGAUCGGUGCAGCCAGUGCAAGGGUGAGAAGGUUGUCCAGGAGAAGAAAGUCUUGGAAGUCCAUGUUGAGAAGGGAAUGCAGAACGGACAGAAGAUCACUUUCCCAGGAGAAGCUGAUGAGGCGCCUGAUACUGUGACCGGAGAUAUAGUCUUCGUGCUCCAACAGAAGGAGCAUCCCAAGUUCAAGAGAAAGAGUGAUGACCUCUUCACCGAGCACUCACUAUCCCUUACUGAGGCCCUCUGUGGGUUUCAGUUUAUCCUGUCUCACCUAGAUGGCAGACAGCUCCUCAUCAAGUCCCACCCAGGAGAAGUUGUGAAGCCUAAUUCAUACAAGGCGAUCAACGACGAAGGAAUGCCAAUGUACCAGAGGCCCUUCAUGAAGGGCAAGCUCUACAUCCAUUUCAACGUCGAUUUCCCAGAAUCCCUCGCGCCAGACCAGGUAGCUGCCUUGGAGAAGAUCCUCCCUGCAAGGCCGCAGUCCCAGCUGACUGACAUGGAGAUUGAUGAGUGCGAGGAGACAACUCUCCACGAUGUCAACAUUGAGGAGGAAGCCCGGAGGAGGGCUGCAGCCCAGCACCAGGAGGCGUAUGAUGAGGAUGAUGAGGACAUGCACGGUGGGGGCCAGAGGGUUCAAUGCGCCCAGCAGUGAUGGGAGGGCCUGAAACAUGAGAAGUUGUUUGGGUUGUGAAAGUUACUGCCUUUUUUUUGUUGAACCAUACUUUCUGUCAUAAUGCAACAAAUUAUUCCUUCAAUGAAGACUUUGCUGCUAGUUUUGUUUGUA